AAGCCUGACGUACUUCAACUAGUGGCCCACUUUGUGGAGGGAGCAACGGCAGCAGGCUGCAGGAAAGCCGCUUCUCGUCGCAUAAGAGUCUCCCCGCCGGGCCCCUCUUCCCUCACGAUGGAGUUUUUCCUGGGAAAUCCGUUCAGCACGGCGGUGGGACAGCGGAUCGAGCGGGCCACCAGCUCCAGCUUACAGUCUGAAGACUGGGAACUCAACUUGGAGAUCUGCGACACGAUCAACAGCUCAGAGGAGGGGCCCAAAGAUGCAAUCCGAGCAAUAAAGAAGAGGAUCAUCGGGAACAAGAACUUCAAGGAGGUCAUGCUGACACUGACUGUCCUGGAGACCUGCGUGAAGAACUGUGGCAACAGAUUUCACAUCCUGGUGACAACACGGGAUUUCAUAGAGGGGGUUCUGGUACGCGCCAUCAUCCCGAGUAACAACCCUCCGCUGAUUGUGCACGACAGAGUGCUCGGCAUCAUACAGGCGUGGGCUGACGCAUUCCGGAGUUCGCCUGACCUUACCGGAGUGGUGUCCGUGUACGAAGACCUGCGCAGGAAAGGACUGGAGUUCCCUGUGACUCCACAGGAGGGCUACAUGCCGGUCCAAACCACAAAAAAGACUUUGUCUGGAAACGGACCUGCUGUCACCGCUUUGCCUGCUGUGCGUCUAUCUUCCCAAACUCCUCAGACCUCUGUGCUAACUCUGGCUCUCGACGGGACCAAUCCCUUCACUCCCAGCCAGGUGCAAAGGCUAAAGACUGAUCUGGGAAUGGUGCGAAGCAACCUGAGCAUAAUGUCAGACAUGAUGCGUCAGCUGGACCCCGUCACGGUGAAGCAGGCAGACAUGGAGCUGCUGGAGCAGCUAUACACAGUUUGUAAGGAAAUGCAGGACAGGAUAGUGAAGAUCAUCCCCAAACUCAACGAGGAGAAGCUGAUUGAAGAGUUACUGGCCGCCAACGAUGAAAUGAACACUGCCUUUACUCGCUACCAGAGGUUUGAAAAGCGAAUAACAAACGGGCAAGGCUCCGAUCUUCAGAGCCACACCUACAUCAACCUUGCGGAUCAGGACGGGAAGAGCGAGACGGUCAGCCGGUCUGGCAUUGCCUCUGUGAAGAGCGACAGCUCCCUCAGCCUGUCCAAACCUGACAGUUUAUCCAGUCAAAUGGCCAAACUUAGUACGAGUGAGUCAGAUGACACUUUAUCACCCAAAACAGAAGUCCUAAGUCAACCGAAAGCCGGGAACAGCAGUGAGGACACAGCAGAUGGUUUGGCUCAAGCUCAGAACAGCAGUCUACAAAUCAGUGGAAUGGAUGACAGUCCAGCCUCGACCCGCAGCUCUUCACCCAAGUUAGAAUGGAUGAUAAAAAGGGGAAUGAUUCCUCUCAACCAGUCUUCUGUGAUGGAUGACAUUGAAAAAUGGCUUGCAUUGGAGGAUGAGUACGAUGACUUUGAGGAAUCUGAUGGUGUGACGAGUGAAGAGUUUGACAAGUUUUUGGCAGAACGAGCAAAAGCAGCUGAGCGCCUGCCGUCUCUGCGAGCGUCCUCACAAGAAUCCCCUUACUCUGAAUCUUAAGCUGAGAAAACUAACAAGACGCUGGAAAAAUUAACAUGAGCAGCAAAGAAAGCUACUGGAUAGAAAAUGCACAUUUCUUACCGAUGAAUGGUUAAGAGGCACAAGUUAUGUGGAAACGACAUUCCAUAGUAGACAGAAGACGUGUCGACUAAAUGAAACAUGUUUUUAACUGGACGCCUGAAAAUGGUUGGUAUUUAAGCAAAUCUUUGCACAUUUUGUAUAGAUCUGUUCAUGCAGUUGAAGUGAAAAUGGAAAUUGUUUGAAAAAAACAGCAUUUACAACAUGUAGAUGAUGUAUAAUAAUACUGUUAAAUAUGUAUGUAUAUAUAGGUGAUAGGAGAUCAUGGAAAAAAGCCUCCUGAUAGUUUGAUGCUUCACAUCAGUGUCGUCAGAGGUGGAAGAAAAGCUUUUCUACUUCUGAUUUUUCCCUAUGAAGACCUUUUACUUGAAAAUAAACAAAAUAAAAUCCUGA